GUGCCCUGACAGAAGAGCGGGAUGCCAUCGCCUCCGAGUAUGAGAGGGAGAAUGAGCAGCUCAGGCUGGAGCUGGCACAGCUGCAGCAGCAGCAGGGUUGGACUUGAUGAUCUGAAGGUGGGAACUGAUGAUCUUGGAAACUGAUGAUCUUGGAAGUCUUUUCAGCCUUAAUGAUUCUCUGGUUCUCUCAGUAUCUGUUCAAUCUGGUGUUUAGUUUCUACCAAGCUGUACUUGGGGUUGAAGGGGCUGAGGAUAAACCAGCUUGGGAGAACUCUGCCUGGGGGGAGCAGGUCCCAUCACAUGCUUGGCAGGCAGGGAAGGGUAUGUGAAGAGAAACCUUGGGACAGAGGGAAGAGGGCUGAGAUAAUGGAUAGCAAGGAAUGGGAGGCAGUGAGGGAAGUGGGAAGCAGGAGAGACUUGAGGAGCUGUUGGGCUCCAGGAGAAACGGGGCUGUUGCAGUGAUAAAUGUUUAGAGGAACUGGGAUAGAUCUCCAGGAAACCCUUUGUUUCUCCUCUGCUGACACCAAGCCUUGCCUUGCCUUGCAGAAAUGCAGCUGAAGGAGGUGGAGGAGAUGCUGGAGCAGGAAGGUCUGUCCCAGAUCUCCUGCAGUGCUGCCAGCGAGCAGGUCGCGUAUUUCCUGGUGGAGCGGGCGGCGCUGCUGGGAAAGCUGGAGGUGGCAGCCCGGCACCUGGGAUCCCACAGCAGGAUUGAGGGGCUCCAGUUCUGCAGGGAGGAGCUGGAGGGGGAACGAGCAUCACCUGCAGGGCUUGUGGGAGACCUGGAUGAGGCCCCACAGAGGCUGGUGGUGUCCCAGGAAGAAAUCCAGAGCGUGGCAGAAGGGCUGGAGACACAAAGCAAAGAGCAGAGUGGAGCAGACAGGAGUGAGCUGCAGAGGGCCAUGGAGCACAGCAGCCGGCUGGACAAGGAGAUCCUGGCGCUGCGGGCACGGGUCCAGACGCUCGACCUGGAGAGGAAAGCCUUCCUGGAGCUGGUGGAGCAGCUGAAGGAGGAGAUCUGUGAGUACCAGCGGAGCGAGAGGCCAGAGCCUCCGGCGGCAGAGGGACUUGGAAUGGCCUCACUGCAGGCACAGGGCACACAGGAAGAAGCAGGAGCUGAUGGAGACCCUGGUGCCAGCAGAGCUGCCCCAUAUCAGGAACAUGGAGAUCAGGGUGCUGAAACUCUCCACAAAAGGUGCCGGGAAGCCGUGGAGAGCGUCGAGGGCAGGAAUUCCCAGCUCCUUCACAAGCUGCAGAAGCUGGAGCAGGAACGGGAGGGGCUGGUUGAGCACAACGAGGAGCUGGAGUCAAUCCUGGGAGAGACACAGAUCCAAACCAAGCCAGAGAAGCAGCAGCUGGAGAGCAAGGUGGAGGGGCUGCACCAGAAAAUCACCAGUUUGGAAACAGAGUUGUUUGAGGUGCAGAAGAGCAAAAGCGAGAUGAAUGGGAACGAGCUGGUGACAUCUGGAACUCAGGAGAUGCAGGAGAUGCUGGAAAGCUGUCAGGAAACGAUAGACAAGUUGGGAAGUCAGCUGGGAGAGAGGAGAGAACGGAGAAAGCAGCUGGCCUCUGAGCUGGAGCUGCUGCGGGAAGAUCUGAAGGCUGAGAAGGUGGUUCUGGGCAGCCAGGGUUUGCCUGACUCCCACUCAGAGCUCACAAGCCACAUAAACACCUUCCCAAGUCUCCAGAGAACAUCAGCCAGCAGGGAUCUUGGGGAUGUGUCCCAUGAGAAGCUGCACAAAGACAGUGCUGUGCUAGAUCCAGAGGCCUCUGAAGUCCUGCAAGACAGAGAACAGAGACCCAAAGUGGAGCAGAAACAGGAAGAUCCCUGUGCAGAGGCAAAGACCUAUGAGGAACAGAUGGCUAAAGUAGUGUUUUUGGAAGAACAGAUCAAAAACCUGAGGGAAGAACAAGAACGCCUCUGCUCUGAAUUGCUAGAGAGCAACAAGAAGAAGGAGGAGCUGGAGAAGCAGCUCAAGGAGAGCAGUGAAGAGAAACGUCUGUUGCUUGAAGAAAUUGCCCAGCUCAGGUGUGACAUCCGGAGUGCCUGGGAGCAGGGCCCCAGUGGAGACACCAGGAGGAUGACCCCAGGCUUGGAGCAGAGGGAGAACAGGUUUCUCCCGUGGCAGAGCUCGGCAGGCAGUUUAGAGGGGAGCCUCAAACAGGGUCUGUCAGAGGAGAGGUUCCAGCAGCAGGAGGAGAAGCUGCAGCAGCUGCGCCAGGACCUGCGGCGGGUGCAGAACCUGUGCAGCUCUGCUGAGAGGGAGCUCAGGUAUGAGAGGGAGAAGAACGCCGACCUGCAGAGGCAAAAUCUGCUGCUCCAGCAGGAAUGCACCAAGGUCAAAGCUGAGCUGAAGCAGGCCCGGGCCAAGCUCUCGGACACCACAGAAACGUGUUCCUCCCUCUCAGCACAGUGGGACAGGAGCCAGCAGAGGGUCAAGGAGCUGGAGCUGGAGCUCUCCAAGUGCUCCCAGGCUGAUAAGCUCAGGAGCAGCCUCCAGGAGAGGCUGGCCCAGGAGAAAUCCAGAGCAGGAGAAGCACAAAAGAAGGUCUCAAAGCUCCAGCAAAAGCUGAAGGAUUCCCAGCACCAGCUGCUGCUGGCAGAGGCCCGUGUUUCUGAUAAGAAGCUCCUGGAGGAGGAGCUGAAGGAGGCUCGGGAAAAUGAAGCUCGAGUGCAGCAGGAACUUCAUGAGGAGCAGCUGAAAAGGAGGCUCCUGGAGCAGCAGGUGGAGGAGCUGAGGCAGCAGCUCCGGCAUUCCCGGGAGGCGGAGGCGUCGCUGGCCAGGAUGCACGUGGAGCUGCAGGCCAGGAGCCUGCACGUCCUGCAGGACGACAAGAAGCUGGAUGCUGGUGAGCAUGUGCAGUGCCAGAAGGAGAAUGAGAAGCUCUCGGAGCAGCUGGCACUGCUGAAGGAGGAGAACAAGGCCCUGUAUGAGGAAGGAGUUCGACUCCUGAACCAGAAGGAUCUCUAUGUCAGGAAAUACAACGAGAUGCAGCUCAGGCACAAGGACAAGAUCCGCAGGGCCAAGGAGACUUUCAUCCACGAGGUGAAACAGAGGGACAGCAGGAUCAAACAGCUGGAGAAUGAGCUCAGCGAGUCGAAACUCCAGGUGGAAAAGGGGAAGGUGCUGAUUGCCCAGAUCACUGCUGAGAAUGAGAAAUUACUCCAGGAGAGGCGACGGCUCCUCCAAAAAAUAUCAGACCAGGAGGAGUCCCCUUGGAGCCUCCGGUCUGGGAUUCCCUCCCUGCAGAGCAGAGGGAGGAUCCUGGAGGAGGAGAGUGCCCGGCUGCAGGACAAGCUGCAGCUCUCCAGCCACGUGGGCUCCUCCCAGCGCCUUGCCAGGAGCAGCCCCACUCCCAGCACAGAGGACUCCAAGAUGGUUCCUGGCUCUGAACGCCCACCACAGAGUAGGGGGUUGCCACCUCCUCGUGCCAGCUUCCCACCCCGAGAUCUCCCAGAGGCCCUGAAGGCCCUGCAGAGCACCAAGCCUGAGGGAGAGGCUGAGAGCCAGGAUCCUUCCUUGUGCCUGUCCCCCUCACAGCCUUCAGAGAUCGGCUACCUGAACGUGGCCUCUCCUGGGGACAGCACAGCCCCCUCUGCCUCACCUGUGCACGAGCAGAGCCACAGCCUGGGCUCGCAGAGCUGAGCUGGGAAUGAGCCUGACCUCAGCUGCAGCUCCUGGGCCAUGGGGCAGCAGAGCCUGCAAAGAGAAUUGCCAAAUGGACUCAGAUGGACUGACCCCGUGAUUGCUGGGAGAUAUUCCCACUAAAUGAUUCCACAGCUUGGUGGGGUUGGUUUUUUUUUUUUUUUUUUUUUCACUUGCCCACCUGUAAAUGUGUAUGUGAUCCCAGAGCCACUGGAGGCUGGAAUCUGGAAUCUGUAGAUAAAAUCAGUCCUGUGGUAGAGGGGUGGGGUGAAGGGUGUCUUCCCUCAGCCCUAAUCCCCUGUCCAGUCCAAAUCUAUCAAUUUUAUAAAUAAAACUUACAGAAGUUC